AUGGCCCAAGUGAUGGGUGAGUGGGUGCUAAAGACCAGGACCAUGGACACACAAAACGUGAGCGAGGCCCUUAUGGAAGGCAACUGCCCGACAGAUAGUGAGCAGUGUCUCAAGUUAGAGAAGGCAGCCACGAGGAUUCAGUCAUGGUGGCGCGGCACCGUGGUGCGCCGGACGCUGCUGCACGCGGCGCUCAGAGCCUGGAUCAUCCAGUGCUGGUGGAGGUCCAUGCAGGCCAAGAUGUUGGAGCAAAGACGGCGCCUGGCGCUCAGACUCUACACCUGCCAGGAGUGGGCGGUGGUGAAGGUGCAGGCACAGGUCCGGAUGUGGCAGGCCCGCAGACGGUUCCUCCAGGCGCGCCAAGCGGCCUGCGUCAUCCAGUCUCACUGGCGCUGGCAUGCCAGCCAGACCCGGGGCCUGAUCCGGGGCCGCUAUGAAGUCAGAGCCAGCCGGCUGGAGCUCGACAUUGAAAUCCUCAUGACCUAGGGCGCUGGCCGAGCCCAGGAGACUGGAUCCCUCUCCCAAUAAAGACACUGGCUGAC